CCCAGGAAGGUGGUGUAUCCUCCUUAGGUGGAGGUGUUCAAAACUGUGUAGAAGUGGCGCUUCGGAACAUGGUUUAAAUAGGCAUGGUGGUGUUGGGCUGAUGGUUAGACUUAGUGAUCUUAGAGGUCUUUUCCAACUUUAAUGAAUCUAUGAUUCUAUGAUGGGAAAGCUGUUUUUCCCAGGAAAGCAGGAGACACGGUCUUGUGUGUACUGCUAACACCAUCUGGGAGCUUCUAGGACAGACACUACUUCCUUUCUCUUCUUCCUGCAUUUUAGUUGAUUUUUUUUGCAAGCCGUCUUCCCUAAGACACUUGAGUCGCUCUAUCAGUUUCUCCUACUCGCCAGCACACAUGACGCUUGAAUUGUUCAGAGAAAAUUAAGCAUUAGUGAAAUGCUUUUAAAGAGAAAUUAAUUACCUAACCCUGCAGGCAGCCCAAGACACCUACUGUUCUUGUUUCAGAUUAGCAGCUUUUUGAGAAGUGUGCAAUAAUAUCCUGUAUCUUAUAUUCUUUUUGUCCUGUCCCUAUAUGGAAUUUGCCUCCCUCCCUGCUUCAGAUUCCUGCAUUCUGCAGGACUCCUGGUUUCUGCUGUGGCGGUGGUGUUCGUGUCCAAUCCCAAAGCAGCAUCACCACUGUAGAAAUCACAUUUCUGAAAAUAGCUGGCUUCUUCUGUUACUUAGUUACAGCUUGUAGGAGUUAUCAUUAAGAAGUUUGUUCUACAAAGGCAGGCAAUAGAAAUAGAGAAGAAGCUUUUUAAGCCCAAAGAAGUGAAUGCAAAAGGCAUGGAACCUUGACGUGUAAGGACACAUGGCUCACUGCUUCCAUUUGUGGGACAGGAAUGGACUUGCAUGUUAAGUAAUCUGAUAUGUGUAGGUGUGUCUGUUUAAGGGGCAAGGAAGAGGCAAAGUUCCACAGCUUCUGGAGAUCUUAAAAAAACAACUGCAACAACAAGACUGAUUUUUUUUUUGGCUUCUUGUGGAAUCAGAACAGAGCUUCCAGUUUAUUGUCGUUUAACUGACAAACCAGAAGAUAUGGUCGGAGAACUUCCUUCUCCUUUACAUUCCGAUUCUAGACUUCCAUAGACACCUUUUCUCAGAAGUUAAACUGAUGGCCUUUUAAUCUGACGAAGAGUAAAGUGUGAAAAGUUCUUUAUAUCUGCAGUAUUUUCAAAUGAAGGCAAAUUUCCCAACUGAGAAAGUCAAAUGCUGCGGUAAUCAGAACUAUGUUUUAGGAAAGAGAAAAAUCUGGCUUGGCAAGAGAUGUUUUAUACCCUUUAGAAGUGGCACUUGACUGUUUUUCUUUGGUAUCCCAUUCAUGAAUGGUUUUAGAGAACAGGAAACAGUAACAGGGCUGUUUUCAAAGGAUUGCAUCCUCCCAUGUGCUUUCCCACCUGGGGAUGAUGAAGUAAUUUACUGGAAGAAAGGGAAGAAACAUAUCCACAGCUACUACUACCAGAGGGAUCAACUGCAAGAUCAAGACCCAGAUUACAGAGAGAGAACACACCUUUUCCAUGAGAACGUUCCUGGUGGGAAUGCCUCCUUGAAACUUAGUAACUUGACCAUAAAUGAUGAGGGGUCUUAUAGUUGCUAUGUGGGAACACAGCAAAUGAAAACAGAAGUGGAAGUCACACUGCACGUAAAAGUUUCUCCUUGUUGUGCACUGGAAUACCAAAAGACAGACACAGAAAGGAUGCUGAAGUGCUGUGCCUUUCUCACUUAUCCAGCACCACAUAUAUCUUGGGUACGAGGCAGUACAUCCAUCCAAGAAACAAAUCGACAUGAAAUCAAGGAAGGCAUUCUCUAUUCUUUUAGAAGUGAACAGAACAUUAUAAGCACAGCUGAUCCUUACUACUGUCAUAUUCAUCUUGGUCAUGAUGAGUGGGCUGCUGAAUGGAAGAUACAAGAUGAACUGUCCAAUGUGGAAGGAAGUAGCAUUGCAGUUCCUUGUGAAUACAGCAAUAACACUGCAAAUACUGAAGGUUUCGGUGUUGUUUGGAUAUUAAACAGAAAUGCGGUGAUCUCAGUCCUGGCCUCCUUCUAUGGCACCUCUCACUCUUACCAGCCUCGAGUCCAGAUUAAUGAAAAUGACUUUUCACUGAUGUUGCGUGACCUUACUGCAAAUGACAGUGGAGAAUACCUGUGUAAUAUCUCAACACAUAAAUACACAAAACUUACUGUGAGGACUUUGCAAGUCAAAAAUUCAGAUAACAUCUGGAAAAUUGUGCCGGCAGUGAUCAUUCCAGUGCUGCUGGUUUUAGUGGUGCUGGUAGCCUGGUUCUUGAUCAAGAUACGUACAAUCAUUAUGGGAUUUAUUUUUAAAGGUACCAUUAAGAUUAAAUCCAGACCUUGAAUAUUUAAUCAAAGCAUAAAUUUUAUUUUCAAGGGUUAAAGCAUACAAAAAUACUGAAAAUGUAGGAUGACAAUUCUCAGCAUAAAUAAAUUGUCCUCAUUCUUGGUAUUUUUUGUGUCCAGGAAGCCCUCUUUGGUACAUCUAUGCUACAGUAUUUUGGUUGCAACUAUGUUAGCAAGCCCUCCCUUUGACCAGAUGAUCUCCUGUGUGCUGUACAAAGAUGAAAAAGUUAGUUGCCCUUCACAAAUACAUUCUGAUAACUUGCUUUAAAAACAAUUGAACUGGUUAAUUUUCCCUCACCUGUGUUUAAGACCAAAAACCCCCAAACCAAAACAUUAAGCCCCUCAAACAAUGCACAUACCUAAUCUUCAUUAGGGCCCAAAUUACUAUUUCAAUUCUAUCCAACAUCAAAGCUCAUCAGAACUUCAGCAUGAAAAGUUAUACUACUUCCUUUGGUUAUGAGAAUGUCAUAACCAUGUGGUCAAUGAUCACAUCUCUCUACACAUCACUCCUAUUUCCUAGUUUAAAGCAUCUUCAAGUGGGUGCUUGUAUUAUUGUAUUAUAUAUGUAUUUUAUUAUAUAUGUAUUUUAUUCUUGUGCUUUUGUAUUAGGCUAGCUCUGUCUUAUAGUAUUCUGUCUCCUUCUUCUGCAUUUGUGAUGAGUAUCCUUAAAAAACAAACUUUAGCUCUUAGUCCUUAGGGCACUUGUUUCUGUGUCUGACAGUACAGCCCUAUCCAAGGGGAAAUAUACCUUCAAACUCCCUGGGCCUUAAGAUUUUGUCACAGCCUGAAUUUGGUAAGCUUCAGGAGACGUUUUUGCAAUGGUUUCUAUGAGGUUCAACAAAAACACACCAGAAAAAGAAUGCUAAGAUUAUAGAGUCUCAGUCUUAUUUCAUUUUUCUCUUAGAGAUGCACUUGCAUGCUGCUUCUUAGUCAAUUUUAUUGCUAACAUGCUUUAGAGAUGAUAAUAUACUGAGGUGCGGCUGUUUUAAUUUAAAGAAUUAAAGCAAGAUUCAUUUAUCUUGGGAUCAGUUGAGACUUUUAACAUACCAUAAUCAGAGCAAGUGAAACAGUUCACAGGUUAACUCAGCUCGGUUAUGUUGAUGGAGGACUAGAUGGAAGAAAAAGGAAUAUUUCUGUACUGUUAUGUGAUAUUUAUUUCACCCAGCUAAUGUUAAAAUGGAUAAUACUGAAUUAUCUUCAUAAUCAUUAUGUCUUGUACUUUUCCAACUAGACCAGAAGACGUGAAAUUUUAUAAACAUCUUAGCAUACUGGAAGAAAAUCCCUGUCUGCACACACAGAUGCUUCUGCGAUUGUUGCUGAAAAGAACAAAGAGUUUCUUCACCUUCCUUAUUGAGUUAUACUAAGAGCCACAUGGAAAUGUGAUUAUCUGAGCAACAGCAACAAACAACUGAACUGAUAGGGAAAAAGCCCCCCAAGUCAGUUGACACUUACAUGAGGAGUCAGCAUGAACAAUGGGAACUUGGAUGUCUUAAAGCAACAACUAAAAAGUUUCCGCAGAAGAAGAUUAAGUUUUGAGGGAUUUUUUUUUCUUUUUUUUCAGUAUCCCAGCUUUAAGGGCUGUCCUUCACAGCCCCACAGGUUUAAUCUUUCCUGUUUUAACAAUCUGUACAUGAGACUGUGGAGUAUGAGUGGAUUUGUCCU